AUGACAGGCGGCGGAAGCGUGGAAAUUGUCAAGGUCGGAGAAGGCGCAUUCUCGUUUCCCGAGGGUGACAGCUGGGCAACUCCACAAUCCGUGCCUACAACACAGCAACAGAAACCCACAAAGUGCUCCACAUGGAAACAGUACAGCAGUCAGGAGUCAAAGAAGCCUCCAAUCACGGAAUACAGCAACUGGUCUCAACGGAAGAAGCCCGUCCAGCACGUUAUGGAGUUGCCAAGCGACUUUAUGAUGCCGCCGCCAACAAAGUCCACAUGUGGACCUAAUUGCUUUUGCGACCAACCGAAAUUGGCCACGACAACCGCACAAACAGAACCAACCAGUCAGGCAGCGUCUGCUUCAAUGCACCAGCACCACAGCUACCACCAGCCAAUGAUAAUGGCUCCUUGUGGUCACUGUUGCGGCCAACAUUUCACCACAGAUCCAUGGACCCAACCGGUAGCCGGAGGGGAGGAGACGAUGAACGGUGCUCAGUCCACGAUGAGACCCCUGUCGGAUAUUCAACAGCGCAAGUACAGCCUACCCCCCGCUAGUCACCACUCGCCAGAGCAACGCACAAGCUACCGUGUUAAACGCCUCUACUGA